CUGCGGAAGGAGGCUUUUUUGGUAGUGCAGUGUGACUCCUACCAGCUGUUUCCCGCCUUGAAAGCCAUCCGAUCAGCUGCACAUACACACACACGCGGCGCGCACACACACAUACGGUAAUGCAGAGAGAAAGCAAAGAGAAGGGCGGGAGGGAGAAAGAGAGAGAGAGGUAGAGCGCCACACACAACGAGGGAACCCCAUCAGCUGGAAGUCGAGUAACAUUACAACUCUCAGCAGCCUGAAACUACUACAUCACUCAAGCGAGGGUCCAUCUCUUUAUGAGGAUUUAACCCGUCUGAUCAGGAGAUUUUUUUGCUCUUUAACGUCAUUAUUUCCCUUCUAUUCCAGAGACUGUUUGCUGUAUUUUUAUUUAUUUUUUGGAGGUUGGAAGAGGGGGGGGGGACCAAACUGGCGAGAGGCGAGCAUGGAGUAUUUCAUGGUACCAGCUCAGAAGGUGCCCUCUUUGCAACAUUUCAGGAAAACGGAGAAAGAAGUGAUUGGAGGUCUUUGUAGUCUGGCCAACAUUCCUCUAACCCCAGAAACAGCCCGGGACCAAGAGAGGCGAAUUCGCAGGGAGAUUGCCAACAGCAACGAGCGUCGGCGUAUGCAGAGCAUCAAUUCUGGUUUCCAGUCACUUAAAACACUCAUCCCACACAGUGAUGGAGAGAAGCUCAGCAAGGCUGCAAUCCUGCAACAGACAGCAGAGUACAUUUUUACUUUGGAGCAGGAGAAGACGCGGCUAUUGCAGCAGAACAAUCAGCUCAAACGAAUCAUACAGGAGUUAAACGGUUCCUCUCCUAAAAGGAGGCGUGCAGAGGAGAAAGAUGAAGGGAUUGGCUCACCAGACAUCCUGGAAGAGGAGAAGACUGAAGACUUGAGGAGGGAGAUGAUUGAGUUAAGGCAGCAGCUGGAGAAAGAGCGCUCGGUCAGGAUGAUGCUGGAGGAUCAGAUGCGUUCCCUUGAUGCAGAGUUGUACCCUGAAAAGCUGAAGGCAAUCGCCCAGCUGGUCCAGGAGCAGCAGGCCCAGACACAAGGCCUCAUUCACCUGCAGCAGCACAAGCAGCUGGAAAGGGACAUAACUCCGGCCCACAGCCCACAGGUGUUGGCCCCAGCUACCCCUCCAGCACCUACACACCAUGCCACAGUCAUCGUCCCUGCACCUGUCCAGCCUCCCCAGCCCCAUCAUGUCACUGUGGUAACCAUGGGACAAACAUCUGUUAUCAAUACACCGUCUACAUCUCGACAGAACCUGGACACUAUCGUUCAAGCCAUCCAGCACAUUGAGGAAGCAGGGAAGGGUGGCAUCGGGGAGGAGGAGCAGCGGAGGGCGGUCAUCGUCACUUCAGGUCGAGUCCUCUCUGACGCAGCCGGCUCAGACACAGCGUCAAACAGUGACGGACCUGACGACUGCUCACUGCCUUGAGUUUAACUCUGGCAUCUUAAACGCACACUUACACACACACACACUUAGAAUCAAAAGACCCAAGCUGACCAGGGCUACAUGAUGCUCCAAACCCACAGCACUCUUGUUCAGUGGACAUUCAUUGGGCUGGUAGACAGAUUGAAGCACUCGUUUUUUUGUCUUUUUUUCUUUUCAGUACACACUCUAACCUGAUAUACCAUGAUAGACAGCCCGAAUAGGUUUACACUUAGACACGCAUACAUGCAGUCUCAUUUGCAUCUUCUCUCUGCUUCUCUCUAGCCCUGCUCUUUUGCUCACACACACACAUUCAUGUCUGUUUAAUUAAUCAAUAGUAAGGCUUUUUAGAGUGACUGCUUCACUGAUUGACUUGUUAAUACUGGGAACUAGAUUUCAUGUGUCUGCUAACAUCAUCAUUAAUCACUGGGACUGUUCUCUUUGUAUUGGCCUUAAUGCCAUGUGACUGAUUUGCGAAGCAGGAGAAAAAGUCAGCGCAAAGCCCAGCAGUGUGGCGUCGUCACCACCCAACACAGAGCAUCUCUGUAAACAUCCUUUUAAACCUCCUCUGAGCUGUGAGACACUGUGAGCUUACAAGACUGGCUUGUAUUCAAGUUCCACCUUUGUGGCUUCUGAGGAGAGCAUUUUUUAUUUUACUCUUGUGAAGUCCACUAUUUUUAUGCUUGAUUUUUUUUUAGCACCCUCAGCCUGCAAGUGAAAGUGAUUGUACUGGAAAAAAAAAAAGCUUCUUGUUAAAAGGUGCUCAAAGGAAGCAAAGCUCAGAAGGAAAAAAAACUUGCUGACUGGUUCACAACUCUAUUUUUUCUAUUUGGUUUGUUUAUGUUUGUUGCCAUUCUUUUACUGGGCUGGGUUCCCAGUAAUCCCCUUCUUCUUCUAUUCAUGGCCUGAAAAAAUGCUUUGACAUUUUUUUUGACAUCCCCUCUCAAAUAUGAAAGCACCUGGCUUGUUCAAUAAGCUAAUCUGUUGGCAAUCUUGACUGAUUUCCACGGGUGUUUGUGUGUGUUUGUAUGUGUCCCUUCUAGUGUUUUGAACCUGCAGGGUAUAGUGGUGUCCCAGACUCUGGCAGUCUGCAAUAGGACUGCCCUGCCUUGAAACCAAGCACUCACACAUUUAAAAACAACUGACAUACAAUCAAUUGUGCGCUAAAUCUUCAGGGCUAGAUGUAUCUAACCCUAGCAAUGUCGUUUUGUGUCCUAAUGCAAGGACGUCUAUCAAAGUAGAGUACACUUCAAACCGAUGGAAAAUGCCCUGUGAAACUGUUUGAAUGUGUCUUGGAGGUUGACUAUAUAUGCUCUAUGCAUUUCCUUACAUAGAUCAUUUGUCUUUGCGUGCGCUCUUUACAUGUUUUACCUGGAUCUUUUUUUUUGUUUGCUUGAAAGUGUUGAUGACUUACAGAACUUCUGACAUGUAGCUGAGAGUGGCAACAGCUUGCCUUACUGGUAGCCCAUGGGCACAGGGAGGCACUGUGAAGCCAGCCUUAACACAGCCCUGGGUCCUGAGAGAUGUACCUGAACACUUGAUCUGUGCUGUUUUGGUCGCCACAGAAUCCUUUCCACACAGUUAUGUAAACAUCCAGGGUGUGUUGGAUUACGUGUUCCAAGUUAUUUUUGUCCUUCUCCUCUUAUGUUCAUUUUCUUAUGUUUGCCCAAAAAAUGAACAAGUUGCUGGUAUAUAUAUUUAAGAAGCGCUCCUGAUAUUCCUCCUCCCCUGGUAUUCAGAGUGUGUCUGAAUACUGACUUCUGGUUGCAUCUGUAAGUUGGUUUGCAACUCUUUGCCCCUCAUGUGCACUACGAAAGGAAGAUGUGUGGAAAAGAAGUUUGACAUAAAAUUAUGACAUUCCAUUAGAUUUUACCCAUUCUUUCCUUUCAAUUACUUUUCUGAAGUUACUUGGUGUAUUAAUAGAUGCAUUACUAUUAGAGCUUUUGACACAUCACUGCUAUUUUAGACUGAUAAAAACAUGCUUAAAUGCAGAGACGGAGAUAUGAACUGCUGGACAGAUAAUGUGUUCAUGUAAACACACCUCAGCAAUCAUGAUUUAUGUCGUUAAACUACCCUUUAAAACUAUAUAUUGAUGUCAGCUGCACUGAAAUAAGUGACGCUUCUUUUCAAUUAAAUCAAGAGACAUUUUCCCAGUGCGUCUGACCAUAGGAAAGGGAUUCCUGGAUAUUGAAAAAUCACGGUUUGCAAGCUCUUCUUCUGUAGAGUUCUCGUUUUUUCUCGUAACCAUCUGCAUUUAGACAUUUUUUCUGCUAAAUCCCAGAACUGUUUAAUUCCCAACUGUAUUUUCUGCUCUGUUCUGUGUGUUAGGAAAUGUAACGUGGACAUAUCAGAUUGUAGCUGAGUGGGGUGGGCCUGGGGAUCAUUUAAAUGGGUCAAGAUAACAAAGCACUUACUGUACUAUACAGGAGUCUGCCUCUUUUUUCAUAUGAAGGGGCAUCUCCUUAGCUGAAGCUCUUGAGGUUAUGCGUAAAAAACGGACAGCUGUGUAUCCCCCUUCCCCAAUGUCAAGUCCUCCACUGUCUUGUUCUUUUUUUGCCCCUGACAUCUUGUUGUUUUUUAAAAGUUAUCUAUUGUCAUUAUCUCCUGUGUUCUUUCUCAUUUUGCAGCUCUUUCCUCCCUCUUUUUUGUCUGUUCUCUGUAACCUUUUUUUUUGUUAGACCAGUCUGUGCAUAUGGUCAUCAAGAAGCUAUUUUUUUGUUGUUGGUUUUUUUUUGGUUUUAUAAGAGAAAAGUUUUGGGGAUAAAGAGGCUUGUGCCUUUGUAAAGACAGAAUAAUAAAGUUUGUACUUUGUUUUUUACGGAUUGG